AAAAACAAAACACGUCCUAUAAAAAGCGAUUUAAAGGUCGGCACGUUCGUUGGUCAUCUUUGUUUUUUAGUGCUGCUUCAGAGUUUAUUGACCAAAAAAAAACACGUUUUAGUGAAAAGGUCAACAUUUUAUGUACUAAAAAAAGCCGGCAAGCCAUUUCCGGGUUCUUCGAGGAUGACGCACACACAUCCUGGAUGACAUAGUUACAGACUUCAUGGAGGACCAGGAGCAAAGAAACUAAAAGUAGACCGACAAGAAAAGAAAGAUAGUCCUGAAGAGCAUCCAUCGUCUCCUCGCCGGCGCUCACAUGUGGCCCCCUGCACGCUAGGAUGCGGCGAGCAGGUGCACAACCACGGAGCGGCCGGGGAGGCGCCACGCUGCCAUUGCCUCAUGUUUUAUGCACGGCCGCGACACGACGGCGUGCCCGCCUCUGAAUCCUCCUGACGCCUGGGACCGCUAUCAUGUCUGCAGAGAGGCGCCACAGCCUGGGGGCGGUGCCCAUGGAGAGCUGGAUGACCCACAUGCCGCCCGCCCUGUGGGACACCCCGCUCUGCCACCUGGCCAUCCCGGGCAGCCAUAACGCCAUCACCUACUGCCUGGACUCCAACAACCGCUCCCCCGUGGACCUGACCCAGCCCGACAUGCUCCGGAAGCUGGACCGCUACCUGAAGCCCCUCAUCCGCCCCUUCGUGUACAAGUGGGCCGUCACGCAGGAGUACUCGGUGAAGCAGCAGCUGGACUGCGGGGUCAGAUACUGUGACCUGAGAAUCGCACGCCGACCCAACGACAACUCUACUGACCUCUACUUCUACCACGGCGUUUAUAGCACGCUCACCGUGGAGACGGUUCUUGGUGAGAUCAGGGAGUGGUUGGACUCGCGUCCUAAAGAAGUCCUCAUCCUGUCAUUCAGUCACUUCCUAGACGUGAGCUGUGAGCAACACUUGCUGCUCCUGACCAGCAUUCGGAGCAUCUUCUCCUCCAAACUCUGUCCCGAAACGGACACGCUGACCCUCAGGAAGCUGUGGUCCGAGGGCCGGCAGGUGAUCGUGUCGUACGAGCACGCCAUCGCCAGCCACCACCGUGACCUUUGGCCUCACAUCCCGUACUGGUGGGCCAACAAGUGCAAGGCCGAGGACCUGAUUGAGGCUUUCGAGCGCAGGAAACGUCGUGGAAGACCAGGAGGGUUUUUCGUCACAGGAAUAAACCUGACGGGGCACCUGAAGUACAUCUGCACACAUCCCACCGUGUCCCUCAAAGACUUGGUGACGUCCAGCAAGCCCACGAUCCUGAGUUGGGUCCGAGGUCAAUCCCCCGGCGGCGGGGCGGACUCUCUCAACAUCAUCGCGGGAGACUUCAUCACGGACACACACUUCACACAAACUGUUGUCGCGCUCAACGACAAACUGCUGCAACAACACUGAAUGCUCAAUAUCACAACAAACCAUGAACUUGAUAUUUGACUCCAGGAAACAAACAUACUUGAAGUACCUUCUCUAGUGAUGCAACACUUUUAGGCCAAGAGGCGAGCAAGCAAUAGCCAGACAGGUGAUGAUGUCAUAUUAUUGUUUUCCACAUAAUAAGCACACAAACGUACCUUUUUAUUGCAUGCUAGUAAACACCUUGACUUUACGCUGCACCAAUGUGCCUGAGGAAAUGCACCUUUUUCAAUAAAAUGCACAUUUUGACGCGUCAC